AUGGCAAGUCAAACAAUCUCUAAAUUUGAGAAAUAUUGGUCAGAAUUCAGUUUAGUGUUGGCCAUUGCAGUUGUCUUAGAUCCUCGUUACAAGCUGCACCUUGUAAAAUACUACUAUACAAAGAUUUAUGGAGCUGAAUCUCAAGAGUAUGAGAAUGUGACGAAAACGUUAACCAAACCUUUUUAUGGAGUACAGUGCUCCUACGACUUCAAGCUCCAUAGUUGUUCAACCCCAAGAAGACUAAGAUUGGGACCAGCAUUUGAUAGAGUCGAUGCUGAUGCACAAAAGACUCAAUUAGAACUUUAUUUGGAUGAACCCAAAUAUUUGGAUAAGAGUACAACAUUUGACAUCCUUUCAUUUUGGAAAGGAAAUGAAUUUCGCUAUCCUGAAGUAGCUGUCAUGGCUCGUGAUAUUUUGAGUAUUCCUAUUUCUACUGUUGCUUCAGAAUCUACUAAUUACAAGCAUGAUAAUUCACAGAGGUCAUACUGCUAA